UCAUUUUCAUCAAGGUUCUGUAUACGACAAGGACCCCUGGUCGUCUACUAUCCCGGUUCUCCAGAUUACUUCCAUUUCUUUGGCACAGCCCACCCCCUUCUCCCGCCCCCCUUCCCAUGCCUCAUCCUUUCUACAAGACAGAGUUUUAUGCAUAGGGAAAUUGGUUUCCUCCAACUCUUGGCUCAGUAGGCCCAGUACUAGGUCCACUUCAAUAUCCUCUUCUAGCCCUGUGCUCCUACCAACCCAACCCAUACACACGCAAAUACUACUUUUCAGGAUGACCAUAGUUUAGCUGUUCUGGGGACUUCUGUGGAUUAGCUUCUCACUCUUUCUCUUCCAGUUUAAUUCUGAAAAGUUAAACUCCCUGUGCCUCCCAAACUUUUUGUUGUCUUCAUUUUCUGUAUUUAGUUUUACAGUCCCGACAAUGAUCACAAAUGAAUAGAUUUGUGUGCCUGGCAUCCAGGAAUCCUGGUUUCAUGGCAGUUUCCCCUGAUUUUAUUCAAGACUUUAAGCCGCUCCCUGUCCAUCUCUAUUUCCAUUUCACAGUCUGAAAAAACAUAUUAAUAAGACUUUGGGGGGAUGAGGGGUCAUACAGUUUAUUAGCAUUUUCACCUAUGAAUGUAGGAAUUAAUGUCCCCUCUAGCUAGUAAAGUGGUCUCAUGUCUCUUGAGUCCAGUGAACUAAGCCCAGAGAUCUAGACAACUGUGCUGUGCUGCCUCUAAUCCUUACCCACUUUUUUUCUUCACAUCCUGAUAAUGAGGAAUCAUGGGUCUUGAGUCAGAGCACCAGCCUUGGGGACCCUGGACCACUAUCAUGGAGACUGAGAGUGAGCAGAACUCCAACUCCACCAAUGGGAGUUCCAGCUCUGGGGGCAGCUCUCGGCCCCAGAUAGCUCAAAUGUCACUGUAUGAACGACAAGCAGUGCAGGCUCUGCAGGCACUGCAGCGUCAGCCCAAUGCGGCUCAGUAUUUCCACCAGUUCAUGCUUCAGCAGCAGCUCAGCAAUGCCCAGCUGCAUAGCCUGGCUGCCGUCCAGCAGGCCACAAUUGCUGCCAGUCGGCAGGCCAGCUCUCCAAACACCAGCACCGCACAGCAGCAGACUACCACCACCCAGGCCUCAAUCAAUCUGGCCACCACGUCGGCCGCCCAGCUCAUCAGCCGAUCCCAGAGUGUGAGCUCUCCCAGUGCAACCACUUUGACCCAAUCUGUGCUACUGGGGAACACCACCUCCCCACCCCUCAACCAGUCCCAGGCCCAGAUGUAUCUACGGCCACAGCUGGGAAACCUAUUGCAGGUAAACCGGACCCUGGGCCGGAAUGUGCCUCUAGCCUCCCAGCUCAUCCUGAUGCCUAACGGGGCGGUGGCUGCAGUCCAGCAGGAGGUGCCAUCUGCUCCGUCUCCGGGAGUUCAUACAGAUGCAGAUCAGGUGCAGAACUUAGCAGUGAGGAACCAACAGGCCUCAGCCCAAGGACCCCAAAUGCAAGGCUCUACUCAGAAGGCCAUUCCUCCUGGAGCCUCCCCUGUCUCCAGCCUCUCCCAGGCCUCUAGCCAGGCCCUAGCUGUGGCUCAGGCUUCCUCUGGGGCCUCAGGCCAGUCCCUCAACCUUAGUCAAGCUGGCGGAGGCAGUGGUAAUAGCAUCCCAGGGUCCAUGGGUCCAGGUGGAGGUGGCCAGGCACCUGGGGGCUUGGGUCCGUUGCCUUCCUCAGGAAUGGGUGGUGGUGGGAGCUGUCCCAGGAAGGGCACAGGAGUGGUGCAGCCCUUGCCUGCAGCCCAAACAGUGACUGUGAGUCAGGGCAGCCAGACGGAAGCAGAAAGUGCAGCGGCCAAGAAGGGAGAAGCAGAUGGGACUGGUCAGCAGAACGUGGGCAUGAACCUGACACGGACAGCUACACCUGCUCCCAGCCAGACCCUUAUUAGCUCAGCCACCUACACACAGAUCCAGCCCCAUUCCCUGAUUCAGCAGCAGCAGCAAAUCCACCUCCAGCAGAAGCAGGUGGUAAUCCAGCAGCAGAUUGCCAUCCACCAUCAGCAGCAGUUCCAGCACCGUCAGUCCCAGCUGCUCCACACAGCCACACACCUCCAGCUGGCCCAGCAGCAGCAGCAGCAGCAGCAGCAGCAGCAGCAGCAGCAGCAGCAGCAAGCCACAACUCUCACUGCCCCUCAGCCACCACAAGUCCCACCUACUCAGCAGGUCCCACCUUCCCAGUCCCAGCAGCAAGCCCAAACCCUGGUUGUUCAACCCAUGCUUCAGUCUUCACCCAUGUCCCUCCCACCUGACCCAGCCCCCAAGCCACCCAUCCCCAUCCAGUCCAAACCACCUGUAGCACCUAUCAAGCCUCCUCAGUUAGGGGCUGCUAAGAUGUCAGCGACCCAGCAACCGCCACCCCAUAUCCCUGUGCAAGUUGUGGGCACCCGACAGCCAGGUGCAGCUCAGGCACAGGCUUUGGGCCUGGCACAGCUGGCAGCUGCUGUACCUACUUCCCGGGGAGUGCCAGGUGCCGUGCAGCCUGGUCAGGCCCAUUUGGCCUCCUCGCCACCUUCAUCCCAGGCUCCUGGUGCACUGCAGGAGUGCCCUGCCACAUUGGCCUCUGGGAUGACCCUUGCUCCUGUGCAGGGGACAGCACAUGUGGUAAAGGGUGGGGCUACCACCUCCUCACCUGUUGUAGCCCAGGUCCCUGCUGCUUUCUACAUGCAGUCUGUGCACCUGCCGGGCAAACCGCAGACAUUGGCUGUCAAACGCAAGGCUGAGUCUGAGGAGGAGAGAGAUGAUGUUUCCACAUUGGGUUCAAUGCUUCCUGCCAAGGUGUCUCCAGUAGCAGAGAGCCCAAAGGCCAUCGAGGAGAAGAGCGGUCUUGGAGAGAAAGCUGAACCAGUGACCAGUGUGAAUGCUAAUACCCCAAGCAGUGAGCUAGUAGCCUUGGCUCCUGCGCCCUCAGCACCACCUCCUACGCUAGCCAUGGUGUCCAGGCAAAUGGGUGACUCAAAACCCCCACAGGCCAUUGUGAAGCCUCAGAUUCUCACCCACAUCAUUGAAGGCUUCGUUAUCCAGGAAGGAGCAGAACCUUUCCCGGUGGGUUGUUCUCAGUUGCUGAAAGAGUCUGAGAAGCCACUACAGACUGGCCUCCCGACAGGGCUGAAUGAGAAUCAGUCAGGUGGCCCCUUGGGAGGGGACAGCCCAUCUGCUGAUAAGAAGGCGAAUCUCCUGAAGUGCGAGUACUGUGGGAAGUAUGCCCCUGCAGAGCAGUUCCGUGGCUCCAAGAGAUUCUGCUCCAUGACCUGCGCUAAGAGGUAUAACGUGAGCUGUAGCCACCAGUUCCGGCUGAAGAGGAAAAAAAUGAAAGAGUUUCAAGAAGCCAACUAUGCUCGUGUUCGUCGGCGUGGACCCCGCCGCAGCUCCUCUGACAUCGCUCGUGCCAAGAUCCAGGGCAAGCGCCACCGGGGUCAAGAGGACUCUAGCCGGGGUUCAGAUAAUUCCAGUUACGAUGAAGCACUCUCUCCAACAUCUCCUGGGCCUUUAUCAGUGAGAGCUGGGCAUGGAGAACGUGACCUGGGGAACCCCAAUACAGCUCCGCCUACACCAGAAUUACAUGGCAUCAACCCUGUGUUCCUGUCCAGUAAUCCUAGCCGUUGGAGUGUAGAGGAGGUGUAUGAGUUUAUUGCGUCUCUACAAGGCUGCCAAGAGAUUGCAGAGGAGUUUCGUUCCCAGGAGAUUGAUGGACAGGCCCUUUUAUUACUUAAAGAGGAACAUCUUAUGAGUGCCAUGAACAUCAAGCUGGGCCCUGCCCUCAAGAUCUGCGCCAAGAUAAAUGUCCUCAAGGAGACCUAAGGUGGCCCUCUUGCACAAACCAGCCUAAGGCAGACACUCCCCACUGUCCAGGUUAUAACCUGGUACCAGCAGAGACUUUACAGGGAAGAAAAGAGCUGUUCCAAUUACGUAAAUCUUCUGUAGAGGGGAUUACUGAGACGGAAGAAAAAUGCAAGAAUUGGUUGCUGGUGCUACAUGGCGGCAGCUUUGACAUUUUCUCUGGGUUCUACUUUAUUUUUUAAAAUCUUUACCAUUCUCACUACCCUAAUCCAAUCUUUAUAAAAGAGACAGUCUAGAGAACUAGGACUGCUCAGCCUUAUCCUGGAGUGGAGUGUCUAGCCAGGGUCUCAGUUCUCCAGGAGGAGGAAUAUACAGUAUGGUAAGGCAAGGAAAUGGGUGGAAUGUAGCUGUGCCUCCGCAAUGGGAGAGGGAGGGAGGGUUUUUCUAGCUUGUGUGACACAAGUAGCAAAAUCUGGUACUCCCUCUCUUCCCCCUGGAUUGUCAGACUGUAGCUGUGGCCCAGUUUUCUUUGUCGUCACUCGCUCCCUUAGUGUUGAACAUUUUCUCCUGCAUCCAUGGCAGGGUCACCAGCCAGUGUAGCGACUUGGUUGGCAUCAUUCUCAUUUGCUGCAGGGACUAAAAGUGUUUGGCACACGUGUGGCUGUUGUCAUUCUUUCUGCAUUCCCCUGCUCCCUUCCAAUUUAUCUGUUGUCUUCUACCCUACCUUUCUUUUCAAUUCCAACUCUGCUCUGUCCUAUAGCUUUAUAAAACAGGAGUACGUGGGGCUGAGGUCAGGAGUAUAAGUCCCUGCCUUAGGCGCUAUUCCUUAUACGACAAAAAUAUUAAAUAUUUUUUUCCUCCUCAGUAAAAGGAUGAAAAUUGG